AUCAUCUCCUUUUACAUUUACAGAGUCCCUGACCUUUCGACUAUCCAGCUUUCUCCAGGGUGAUGCCUGUUGUUUCCUGAGGCAUUGGAAAACCUAGUUUGGAAGAAGAAUCAAGAUAUGGUUGAUGCUGAACUACAACAGCUGAGGAUGAAGCGGCGAGCCUCAGACAGAGGAGCUGGGGAGACAUCUGCUAAGGCCAAGGCACUUUGUACAGGGAUUUCUGGAAAUAAUGCCAAAAGAGCAGGCCCUUUCAUCCUAGGUCCCCGGUUAGGUAACUCUCCAGUGCCAAGCAUUGUUCAGUGUUUGGCAAGAAAGGAUGGGACAGAUGACUUCUAUCAACUGAAGAUCCUUACUUUAGAGGAAAGAGGUGACAAAGGAAUAGAAACCCAAGAGGAGCGACAGGGCAAGAUGCUGCUGCAUACAGAAUACUCUCUCCUUUCCCUUCUGCACAAUCAGGAUGGAGUGGUUCACCAUCAUGGGCUCUUUCAGGACCGAACUUGUGAAAUCGUGGAAGAUCUGGAAACCAACAGAAUGGUCAAGAAGAUGAGGAAGCGCAUUUGCCUUGUGUUAGACUGUCUCUGUGCUCACGAUUUCAGUGACAAGACAGCGGAUUUAAUCAACCUACAGCAUUACGUCAUUAAAGAGAAGAGACUCAGUGAGCGGGAGACUGUAGUUAUAUUCUACGAUGUGGUACGAGUGGUGGAAGCAUUACACAAGAAAAACAUUGUGCACAGAGACUUGAAGUUAGGAAACAUGGUGCUAAACAAAAGGACUCACCGAAUAACCAUAACAAACUUCUGUCUUGGAAAGCACCUCGUGAGUGAAGAGGAUCUGCUGAAGGAUCAGCGUGGGAGCCCUGCCUACAUCAGCCCAGACGUCCUCAGUGGUCGGCCAUAUCGUGGGAAACCCAGUGAUAUGUGGGCGCUAGGCGUGGUGCUCUUCACCAUGCUGUACGGCCAGUUUCCCUUCUAUGACAGCAUACCUCAGGAGCUCUUCCGCAAAAUCAAGGCUGCCGAAUACACCAUCCCCGAAGAUGGGCGGGUUUCUGAAAACACUGUGUGUUUGAUCCGGAAACUGCUGGUGUUGGAUCCGCAGCAGCGUCUCACGGCCUCCGAAGUACUGGAAUCCCUCAGCUCCAUCAUAGCAUCGUGGCAGUCCAUGUCCUCACUAAGUGGCCCUUUGCAAGUGGUGCCUGAUAUUGAUGACCAGGUGACUAACCCAGAAACUCCCCAAGAGGCGAAGGUGACGGAAGAGUGCUCCCAGUACGAGUUUGAGAACUACAUGAGACAGCAGCUGCUCCUGGCCGAGGAGAAGAACACGCUGCAUGAAGCGAAGAGCUUCCUGCAGAAGCGGCAGUUUGGCAACAUCCCGCCCGUGCGGCGCCUGGGGCAUGAUGCCCAGCCCAUGAACCCUUUGGAUGCUGCCAUCCUGGCCCAGCGCUACCUUCGGAAAUAGCUUGCCAUGCCUCCAACAGCACAUGCACCAUCUUGCAGUCUGCCUUUUCACGUCGCCUACUCCAGCUCGACAGCAAUACCUGUGCCCUGUGAUAGAGAAAAAUGUAGCAGCUCCGUCAAGCUCUGUUAAGGGACACGCACUCGUGCUCGCUCUGUUGGAGGGAGAAGACUUUUGAAAAAAGCUAGUUUUGGAAGCAGCAAACUUUUGGCAUCUUCCGGAAUCUCUGAUUUUUUUUUUUUUUUUUUUAAAUCCAAGCCUGGAUGACUAGUUUGCUUUUAAUCAUGACUUUUUAAUCUACCUCUGUCUUUUUAACUGUGCUGUUCUGUGGAUCGAGCAAAGCCUCUGGGAAGAGAGGUUGCUAAGGGGGGAAUCGGUUUGCUGGCAGAAGUGCCGUGGCUGAGUGUGCAGUCCAGAGAGUUGGCUGGUAGCAUUUGCUCCAUAUGGUUUGAAUAAGCUUCAUUUUAUCUGGGUUUCUUGAAAGUAACUGUUUCUUGAAACCUCCCACUCCCACCCCUUAUCUGCAUGAAACCUUCGUUCUAAUUUUAACACAACACCUGGGUUGAAUAUAUUUUGUCUAACGCUGGCUGGUUUCUGGCAUCUUAGUAACAGCACUUUGGGCCUCUAAUAAGCUGUGUAGGAAUGUUACCAUCCAAGUCACCUUAGGCAGCUAAGAAAUGAAGCCUGUUUUCUGAACAGUGAAACCAGGCUGAGAUGCGAAUGACCAUUUCGGUCCAUUGCAAGCACUGAACGUCUUUCCAGGCUUGUUCAGAGGUUUUGCAGAACCCCAUUUAGCCCAUCUGGGCCUUGCCUCCCCUCUCACCUUUCAUGGAUUCUUUUAGCUUUUUGAGAAUAUAUGAUUUAAUCUGUUUUUUUUCUUAGUAGCUUAUCUAAGGUGCAGUAAAUUUGCAUUAAUUGAGUCGUCAUUUUCACCGUUCAUUGUGGUACAGAUAUAAUAUAUGAGUUAUAAUGUGAAAGUUCCC